AUGACGAAGGAGUCAUCCAAAGGUUGCGUUGCAUGUGGGUGGACGUCCGACAUGCAAGAGCGGUGCUCUUAUUCAAGUCAUGUUAAACUUUUCUACGGUGCGGACCGACGGGGUACUUGGUCUAUUGGGUCCGACGUGAUAUUGAAAGAACGGCCUGACGAGGGUCCAAAGACUGAAGUGACCACACUGGCGUACCUUGCAUCCAACGUGAAUCCCAAAAUCCCAGCUCCCAAAGUUUUGCGAGACUGGGUCGAUGCCAACGGGCGAUACUUUGUACUUCUCGAGCGGAUGCACGGGCAGACACUUGAGCAGGCCUGGCCUUCACUUUCAGAAUCCCAGAGAACGGCUAUAGCAGAUCAGGUUGUUGAAGUGCGCAAGAAGCUGCGGUCCCUCACAUCAGAAGCUAUACAGAGUGUUGAUCAAAGCCCUUGUUACCCGCGGCUGCUUUUCUCUGAUCGCGAGCCCCAUGGACCUUUCCACUCUGACGUUGAACUCUGGGAUGCUAUAAGCCUUACCCUUCACAACACAGCUACAAAGCAGUUUCCUCAAGGAGCCAUGGAUAACCUGAGGAAACGUAUGCCUCGAUGUGAACCAUACGUCCUCACUCAUUGCGAUCUGAAUUUGGGCAAUAUCAUGGUUCAAGAUGGACAACUGGUCGGAAUCCUCGACUGGGAAUACGCUGCCUAUUAUCCUAUAUGGUAUGAGUAUGUUUCCGCCUCUUGGGGAUGGACUGAGGAGGAUAUUGAGUGGAAAACGCUGCUACAAGAGCGCUUGGCUGCACAUGGCGACGCACAUAAGGGCGCAAAGGAUUUCUGCAUGGAUCUGCGCCAUUUGAGAGAGUACCCAGAUUUGGAUGACGAGGGCCGAGAAGCUUUACAAAAAUUGUCUUAG